ACUCUGUAAAGCUGAAUUCAGGCUGGCUCGCACUGGGUCUUGGGGGGCCCGAGGCGUUCCCCUUGGUGGGCAUCUGGUGCUUAUACUUGCACUUGGUUCCAAAUCUGCAGCCGGCAGAUGUCCCGAAAGUGAACGGGGGCCGCCGGUGAUAGUGCAGGAGGUCUGGGUCCAGAGUGAUGGUCCACAUACUGUUGGCAAUACGCUCGGUGAAGCGGUUGCCGUAGAUGGCGGUGAGGGCCAGAGACUCCUGCUGAUACCUGCAGAACUUUCCUAUGGCAAACAGUCCUAUGACUGGCUUGGGUGUGGGCCACCGUUCGUCCUCUGAGUCAGGAUCAUAGACAGGCUCAUUAGGUUCCAGAACUGCACUUCCUCCUGGUAAUCCAGCUAGUCAUACUCUUCCUCUUCAUCAUACUCCUCUGCUUCUUCACUGAGAAAGAACAGUCCUAGGUCUGCAGCUCUCUCAACAGCACCUGCUCCUGGUUCUGCCAGUGCCCCUUCCGACUCUGCUAAUCCGGGCCUGCACCACCGCUGCCCCCGCCACCCCCUCCCAUUCCUCUGCCUGUGAGGAAGGGAAUUUGCAAGUAUCCUACAUUUUCCCAAAUGGUGACAGAUAUGAAGGAGAGUGCUGCGGGUCCACAGAGGGAGGCGUGGUGAGGCGUGGUAUGGGCAAACACACCUCAGCCAGUGGUGUCACCUACACUGGAGAGUGGCACGAUGACAAGAUGAAUGGCAGAGGGACCCUGGAGCAUCCCUCUGGGGCCCUGUAUGAAGGGGACUUCAAAGACAACAUGUAUCACGGCACAGGGACAUACAGCUUCUCUGACGGGACCAAAUACUGCGGCAGCUUCAGCAAGAACAGGUUGGAGGGUGACGGGGAGUUCACUGACUCUCAGGGACUUGUUUGGAUUGGAAGCUUCCACAACAAGGCAGCUCCUGGAUUGAAACUUAAACUCAGCAUGUAACCCAUGACAUAAUGUGAGAUAACAUAACUCUAAUUUCUCUUAACUUUAUGAACAUUUAUUGAAUAUAUAUAUAUAUAUAUAUAUAUAUAUAUAUAUAUAUAUAUUCAAAAUAAUAAAAUUAGACUCCAGUAAGAGAUUUUAAAGGCACCAAAUGAAAUGAAACACACAAUGUCCUUGUUCUUCCCAUAACACUCCUGCAGUGACACCUGGUCUCUUUUACUUGUAGGAAAGACUUUAGUAGUCAGCGUAUGACAGUGUGGUGAACACACCUCAUGGCACCGUGCAAUGAAUGAGUCAUUGCUUUGAGUCACACAGCCAAGAGUCCUCUUUGGAGGUCCUGAAACACAGUCUGUGUGUGUGUGGCUGUGUAAGCCUCAGUUAACCAACAGUGUUAGGCUAAAACUAUUUCUACUACAGUUUAUUUGGAAUCUUUUAACUCUUCAUAAACAGCGUACAAAUCUAGAUCGGUGGAGGAAUCCAUCAAUGUUCUGUUUCUUGAACGCCAACAAGAAUGUCUCUUUACUCACACUGAUGUCACUAUAAUGUGUGUGUGGUAUAAUUUAUAUAGUUAUUUUGCUUAAUGUGUGCAUCUGGUGUUAACUUUGUUCAACAAAUUCCGUUAUGUGAUGAAUUCCUUAAUAAGAUGUGUGGUGGUUAUGUCCAUAAGUGUCUUCAAUAAAUCAUCAAAUAUCUGCUGAGAGCAUA